AAUUAAACUUUCAUUCAGACUACAGGAACCAAAAGAGUAGGUUUAGAAUGUCGUGGCUGCUGAGUACAAUGUGCCUUGUCCAUGUAUGUGGAAAUAUAUUUUGUUUAUUUGAAACAACCACGAAUCCUGAAGCCUACAUGAAAGUUAGUAAAAUUGUUAAUCACUGGGGUUACACAAGUGAGGAAUAUGAGGCUGUGACUGAGGAUGGUUACAUCCUCCCACUUAACCGUAUUCCUCAUGGGAAAAACAACAUUAAUAGCACAGCCCCAAAGAAAGUAGUACUUUGUCAGCAUGGUUUGUUUUCAACUGCUGGUGUAUGGGUUUCCAAUCCUCCCAGCAACAGCCUGGCCUUCAUCCUAGCAGAUGCUGGUUUUGAUGUGUGGAUGGGAAACAGCAGAGGAAGUACCUGGGCAAAAAAACACUUGUACCUGGACCCAAACUCUAAAGAAUUCUGGGCAUUUAGUUUUGAUGAAAUGAUAAAAUAUGACCUUCCAGCCACCAUUAAUUUCAUUCUGAAGAAAACUGGACAAAAGCAGAUUUACUAUAUUGGUCAUUCUCAAGGCGCCCUUAUCGCUCUGGGGGCAUUUUCAACAAAUCAAAAACUGGCUGAAAAGAUUAAAUUGUGUUUUUUACUGGCUCCAAUUGCUACUCUUAAACAUGUUGAAGGUAUUGUGAGCCUUCUACCUUACUUCUAUCCAACGGCUUUCAAGGUCGUUUUCAGUGAAAAAGAAUUUUUGUCUGCUGUAGCUUUCAGUAAGUUGCAUGGAUACUCAUGCAAUGCUAAGGUAAUCAAUGAUGGAUGUGUUGCUAUAUUUUUAUCAAUGACUGGAUAUGUUCCACAACAUUUAAAUAAGAGCCGCGUUGAUGUAUAUAUAAGACACAGUCUAGCAGGAACAUCAGUUCAAACUCUUCUACAUUACCGUCAGGCAAUUAAAAAAGGUGUGUUUGAGGCUUAUGAUUGGGGAAGCCAGUCUCUAAAUAUGCUACACUACAAUCAGACAACUCCUCCAUUAUACAAUGUGGAAGACAUGAAGAUUCCAACUGCCAUGUGGAGUGGUGGAAAAGACUCUUUGGCUGAUACAAAAGAUGUUGCACAUUUGGUACCCAAAAUCUCCAAUCUCAUUUACCAUAAAAUUACUGCUGAUUUUAGCCAUCUUGAUUUUACAGUGGGAAAGAAUGCUUAUUAUGUGUCCAAUGAUAUUUUAAAACUUCUUGAUAAAUCUGAGACUGAAAAUUUGCAUUAGCCUUUCGCAUAUGUUACAAACCCCUCAGGAGCUUUCUUGCUUUUGUAAGUGCAGAUACUUUUUGCUUGACCUUUUCUUUUUAAUUUUCUUUGAUUUUUAAUCUAUUACUUCAUUUAUUGUAUUAUUUUUUAGUAGUGGAAAAUUAUGUGCAUCAAGAAAAUACUUCAUCUUGUGACUUUCUUAAUGAAUGUAAGUUUUUUUAAAAUGGUUUUGACAUUAGUGCUCUUGAAGAGAAGGCUUACUUUUGAUUUGCAUAUAUAUGAUCUGCAACUCUCCUUGCAACCUAUGUUAACUAAAAAUUAUAUUUGUGUGUGUGUUAUGUUCCUUCUGUUCUAAGUUUCUUCAGGACUUUUAUUUGGUUAAAUGUUGGACUUUUAUGAAAAUUCUUUCUCCAUCUAUUGAUGAUCAUAUGAUUCCUGUCCUUCAAUCCAUUUAUGUAAUAACGUAUUACAAUUGUUGGCUUGUAUUAUUUCGGACCAUCCCUCUAUUACUUCUGGAAUAAACUCUGCUUAAUGAUAAGG